AUGAUUGAAGCGACGAACCCACCUCUUGCCAUGGCUUCGAAGCCCAACGGCCUCCAGGCUCUGUGCGAGUCCAAACCGCCGGCCACCGACACCUUCACCUACCUCACCAUCAUCGGCGAGGUCCUUUCCCCUGAAAUCCUGCCUGAACUCAAUGACAUCCUGCAGGAUGCCCAGCUCACGCAGGAUAUCGGAUGGGACCUGGUCGAGAUGCUCGUGCCUAUCCAGGGCAGCGAACAGUGCCUCGAGACCAUUGCCCAGCUCGGCAACCCGCGCGAGGUGAUUCUCAAGGUCCUCGAGGUCCUCGAGAAGACGGUCGACGAGGCCACCGACGAGGAAGACGACCCGGCAACGACGGCGACUUUUGUCCACCUCGUCGGCAUGCUGAGCAUUUUGCACAAGCGGCUGAACGUGGCGCGCCCCUCGCGUUUCGUCCACACGACGCUCCAAAGCGUCUACCGCACCUACCAUCCCCGGAACCCGGAAAUGACGGCCGCCGUCAUCGCCCUCAUCCGUUCCCUUUCGGGUGAGAAGCGCCCGCCGCUUCCCACUCGCCAGUCCAGCAACAAGCUCGACACGCCCUUUACGAAAAGCGAUCCCACGAAGCAUGCGCCCGACCCGGAGGCUGGGCAGAAGGAGCAGCUCGCGCCCACCGAGCCCGACACGACCCAGAGGCUGCUCCAGUCCUUCAUCACCUGCAUAAUCGAGGCCUACGUCAACUGCACAGGCAUGGAAUGGGCCUCGCGCCUGUUGGAGUUCUACAACCCUGAGCGCGUCGUCAUCCGGAAGAGCGUCUUGCGUGCCUUUAAAGAGGACGCCGACCUCCUGGCGAGGGAUGCCCUGGUUGGUCAGUUGGUGGCUCUUGCAGGAGAUCUCGGCCUGAACAGAGUGCAUGCCCUCUCCGUCAAGGACAUCUUCGAGGAAACCAUCCCCAACAGCCCGCUGGCCAUCGACACCGAUGUCCUCGGCCCCGAUACCAUCAAGCUCUCCACCGGAGGCGUCUGGUGCCUGGUCGCAUACUGGCUCUUCUCGGCGGAGGUCUUUGACGCGGACUACGAGCAGGUGCAGAUGACAAUGUUCCCCGAUCACCUCAAGCUCCUGCAGAACUUCCUUGGCGAGGACCCGCAAUCGCGCAUCGUGGGCAACCCAGGCACCACCGAGGCCCUCGUCGUCAUGGGGCUCUAUUUGGAGAACUACAAGCGUAUUUCGCCGUCGGACGGUGACUUCAUGCCGUACCACCAUCUCCUGACGCUGGUUUCUGUCUUCCACCCAUCGCUCUCGGUCCGGAACGUCGCGACGACACUCGCGGGCCUCGUCUUGCACGACGACCCCGACGACAACGACCGGCUGAAGAUCCUCGAGGACCUCCUUGAAAACUGCAUAUUCUCCGCUCUGCAGGCAUCGGCGGUGACGUGGUUGAGAGAGGAGCUGAUCAUCGCCCAGAAGCGCAAGCUCACAAACCGAUUCGCGACGGCGGACGCGAUCGACGCCCUGCAGUACGCGCUGUUCCCCAACAUGGCGUUCCUCAAGGAGCAGGACGCACCGGCGCUCUGGGAAUACUGGGUGCAGAACUUCCCCUUCCAUCUCCAGGUGGCCAACUUUGCCUACUUCUUGUUCGCGGGCACCAGCUUCCAACACCUAGUGCCGGCCAGCAUGCCUGGGGCGGUGGAGCAACGCUACGUCGAGCCGUUGCAGCAUGCCGCGCAGGCGCUGCUGACGGCCAUCGAGAAGAAGGAGGUGGAUGACCAGGGACAGGGCGCGGAGGUCGCGCAGCAGCUCGACAUUUUGACGAUGCGUUUAAAGAGCCUGCCUCUGCAGUGA